AUGACGCAGCAGUCGGUAUCAGAAGCCACACCGCUAGUGCCACCACCGGCCACCGACCGUCGCGCUUCCCAUUGGCUGUCAGUGGACCAAACAGACGCUCGGCCAGAUGCAGACGGCGGUCGUGACUCGCGCGUGCGGCCGCGACGCAAAGCAUCGGAGCCGCGCGCUAUGUCGUGUUUCCAGUUUAGUUUACUGCUUUUGCUGGUCGGCGACUUGACCGCUCUCGUUGUGGUCUGUGCGCGGAGUUUAGGUGUGUCAACUUUUGUGCGACUGCAGUGGCUGCUGGACACACACCGCCUCGCGUGGCGCUUCUGGGGACUUCCUGUCUGGGCCACAGCGCUCAAGAGUCUCUUGUGUUUGCUCGCAAUGCGCUGGCCCGAUGCACGGGCUGUCACGUGGACCGUGUACCUCUUCUGUCUCGCCUUUUUGGCGCUCUUGGCCGUGAACGCGUUUGCGUUGGACGCAAUGGACAAAAGUCCUGGGGACGCGACGCAGACGCUCGUGGACGCAAACGUGGCCAACUCGUUGCCGUUGAUUUUCACAGUGCUGGAAGCGGUCAAUCUGAAUUACUUGCUGGACUCGGUGCAGGCUCCUGUCCAGCGCGAGAGCGACACGUUGCCGCGCGUGGACGAAGGCACGAGCACAGGUGAACAGGCGCCACCGCGCGGCAUCUCGUUCGUGAAAUUUGUAUCGAUCUUGAAGCCGUACUUUUGGCCGCGUGGAGCAACGAACAAACUGCGUGCAGCGAGUACGUACGUUGUGCUGAUUCUGAGUAAAUUGGCCAAUUUGGCAGCACCAUUGUCGAUGGCGGAAGCAACGAAUGCGCUCGUCGCGAAAGAUGUUGGCCGCGCGACGUCGUCGAUUGCGCUUUUCAGUGCUCUGAUGCUCGUGUCAAAGCUGUUUAAAGAGAUGCAAUCGCUGAUCUAUCUUAAAGUGAAACAGACGGCGUACAUUGAGUUGGCGACGCUGACGUACGCGCAUGUGCAGUCACUGUCGUACGAUUGGCACGUGCAGAAGAAAUUAGGUGACGUGCUGCGCUCGAUGGAUCGCGGUGUGGAAUCCGCUAAUAGCGUCGUGUCGUAUGUGUUCUUGUACCUGAUCCCGACCUUGGCCGAAUCUGUGGUGGUGAUUGUGAUCUUUGCAAUGCAUUUCGAGCUGGCGGGGCUGAGCUUUGUGGCGUUCUCUAGUUUGGUCGUGUACGCCUACCUCACGAUUAAAAUUACGCUUUGGCGAAAGAAGUAUCGCGAGGCUUCGAUGCGCCACGACAAUGAGUACCACGACAAGGCGACUGAUGCGUUGCUGAACUAUGAGACGAUCAAGUAUUUUGGCAACGAACUGCAUGAAGUCCAGGAAUAUUCCAAAGUGAUCGCCAAGUACCAGCGGUACUCGCUGUCUACGCAGGCAUCGUUGAGUGUUCUCAACGGUACCCAGGCUAUCAUCAUUCAGGCUACGGUCCUGGCAGCACUUACGCUGGCAGCUCCGCACGUAGUAAGCGAGGACAGCGGGCGCAAGAUUGACAUUGGUGCUUUUGUUGCCAUCUCGGUGUAUCUGACCAACCUGUUUGCACCGUUGUUUUUCCUGGGUGGAAUCUACAACAUGGUGAUAAACUCGAUCGUUGACAUCAAGAAGCUGAGUGAACUGCUGUCAGUAGAGCCCGACGUGUUGGACUCGCCUGAUGCGGUGCAGCUCGGCGUGUCCAAACACGAUUCGGAGGUCGGCAUUGACGUGUCGUUUUGCCAGGUGCAUUUCCACUACCCGUCCCAGCCGGCUACUACUGGUCUCAAGGACUUGAGCUUCACCAUCCCACGUGGCACAACGACUGCACUUGUUGGCGAGACAGGGGCUGGAAAAACCACGAUCUCACGGCUACUGUUCCGUUUCUACGACUGCGACUCUGGUAAAAUCGUGAUCAACCACAAGGACAUUCGCACAGUCACUCAGCAGUCACUGCGACAAGCAAUUGGCAUCGUACCUCAAGACACGGUCUUGUUCAACGACACGAUUCUCUGCAACAUCAAGUAUGGCAACCUCAACGCAACGUUCGACCAGGUCGUCGAAGCAGCGAAGGCUGCCCGCAUCUACGACUUUAUCAUGAAGCUUCCGGAUCAGUGGAAUACAAAAGUAGGGGAGCGUGGACUAAAGCUCUCGGGUGGUGAGAAACAGCGUGUCGCCAUUGCGCGCACGUUGCUGAAGGACCCGCCUUUCGUCAUCCUGGACGAGGCCACGUCAGCGCUCGACACGGUGACCGAGCAAGAAAUCCAAGCUGCGCUAAAUCGUCUCAAGGCUAACCGCACGAUGCUUGUUAUCGCACAUCGUUUGUCUACUAUUUGCCACGCACAUCAGAUCGUUGUCAUGCGUGAUGGCGGCAUUGCCGAGCUUGGGACGCACGAAGAGCUACUGGCUCGACCCGGCAGUAUCUAUGGCGGUAUGUGGAAGGCCAGUACAAAGGCGAAAGAUCGGUAG